GCCGGCGUGGAAACCGCCACUGUGGCUUGAACAGGCGCCCGAUCCUCGUCGACGUCAUUCAUCGUCGGUCCCCUUUGAAGUUCUGACUGCCACCAUCUUCAAGACGCCAGUCUCCAGGCUGCGAGUAUAGCGGCCAUCAGGUUCCUUCUUCGCACCAGGAGCGUCUACAAUCCAGGAGGUUAUUGUUCCAAAAGUGCAUCUCACAAACCUAUACCCUAGAGAGCAGGCGAUCGCUCAGACAUUGCGCUGGAGAAUCCAUACCUGAUUCAACAUUUCAGUGCAUCACCAUUGAUAUCGACUUCACUCGGCCGGGCUGCCACGAUUUCCUCUACUACCGGUUGAAGAAAGUUUACCUGAUUACCUCUCUUUCUUGUUCUUACGAAACUCCACCACUAAGUCCCUCGUGUGUUCCCAUCGACUCGAAUCUCGCCUCCAGUCCGUCUGAACAAGUUUUGUCAGCCAAUUGAGGCUGAUCAAGUUUCUCAAAAAUGUCCGAACUUCCAGAUUACUAUGCGAUCCUCGAAGUAUCACCGACAGGGUCUGCCGACGACAUCAAGCGCGCAUACAAGAAAGCGGCGUUGAAAUGGCAUCCAGAUCGCGUGCCGACGGACUCGCCCGAACGGCCCAAGCGGACCAAGAUGUUCCAACGGAUCAACGACGCAUACUACGUGCUCAGCGACACGACGAGGCGGAAAGACUACGACGAGGCGCGCAAGUUCCACGGCACCAGUUUCGAUAAUUUUGACUACGACGACGAAGGUGAAGAAACGGCCGAAGAAGAGAUUCCUCGCACCAACAACAAACCGUCUGGAGGCUUCGCCUCGUGGGCAAACAUGUUUGGCUUCGGCAAGUCCGGCGCGACACAAGACAACAAGGAUAGCCAAGAAUCCCGGUUCGCCAAUGACCAGUUCGGCUCGGUGUUUGAGGAAAUGAUGGGCGAAGAUGGCAUGGCCGCCGAAGAAGAUGGCAAGAAGGUGCCCACGAAACGCUUCUGGAGUGUUGCUGGUGGUAUUGCCGGCGCCGUGAUAGGAUUCAUCAUGGCCGAUGUCGUCGGUGCCAUCCCUGGCGCCAUGGCGGGUGCAAAGGCUGGUGCUAUCAGAGAUGCGAAGGGCAAGUCUGUGUAUGCUGUCUUUCAAUCGCUCGAGCAAGACCAGAAGGCGAGGAUUCUGAGCGAGCUGGCUGCGAAGUUAUUCAGUGGGGCCAUCAGCUAGUUGAUGCGUCAUGGAGGUGGUGUCUUUAAAAGGGGAUCUCCUUGGUUGUGGUGUGGUUUGGACCGCUUCAGCGAACUUUUGAUGGGAUCAGAAUUGAAAAAUCAGAAGUAUAUGUGCCUACAGGAAACAAGGGAGGAUGGCCGAGAUAACUUGAGAUGCGAGGGCGUGUGGCGUAUGUUUUUUUUUGGCAUUCUUCUCUUUCGUGAUGGCAUUGGAAGCCGACGGUAUAGCGUAGGUAUGGUAUACUGGAGCGAAAUGCAUAUUAUCAUUAUAGAUUGCUAUCUGUCGUCCAGAACCUUGAUACCUUGUGUUCAAGAUCUAUUCAAUGUAGCCUUCCGGAGAACCCGUACCGUUGUCCUGUCCACUUUGCAAGGUAGUGUUAACAUUGUAUUUAUAUCAAUGUACACAUCGCAACAAGG